UUCAUCUUCUCGGACGGAGACGCUGCCCUCUCUCUCUCUCUCUCUCUCUUUCCGUCGCCAUCGUUCUCUCUCUCUGAAGAUGUCGGCAAGACCCGACGGAAGUCCACCCGAGGUCACUCUUGAAACCUCCAUGGGUCCCUUCACCGUCGAGAUGUAUUUCAAACAUGCGCCGAGAACUUGUCGGAAUUUCAUCGAGCUCGCACGUAGAGGUUACUACGAUAAUGUUGUGUUCCACAGAAUCAUCAAGGAUUUUAUCGUCCAAGGUGGAGAUCCAACAGGAACUGGAAGAGGCGGCGUAUCGAUUUACGGCUCGAAGUUUGAGGAUGAGAUAAGACCGGAAUUGAAGCACACAGGAGCUGGUAUCAUAUCUAUGGCAAAUGCUGGUCCUAAUACAAACGGGAGUCAGUUCUUCAUUACUCUAGCGCCAGCACCUUCCCUUGAUGGAAAGCACACGAUAUUUGGAAGGGUAUGCCGAGGAAUGGAAGUGAUAAAGAGGCUCGGUAGCGUCCAAACGGAUAAUACCGACAGACCUAUCCAUGAAGUGAAGAUUCUGAGGACCAAAGUGGUGGAUUAGCAGAAAAAGGGAAGCUAGUUGAGUAGUACUCUGUGUUCAAUUGGACUCAAUGCUGAUAAAUGUUUUUUUAGAUGGCUUGCUUAUAUUUUGAGUUUUUUAUGAAGUUUUUUAAAAAAAAUAUCGUGUUUUGGGCCAAUACAAAACCCAAUGAACCCGGUCCGAAUGCUUUAUUUUAUUGACCAAAAAAUUUGGGCUCGAAAUCCGAUAUUUUUCGGAUGGACCGAGUUUCGGAUCUA